AUGCGUGAAGAAAAAGUUGCCGAGUGUGAUUCAUUGGCCGAGCAGUUGAAAGGCGCGAACGUCCCGUCGGGUCUGUUGCCAACGCAGGACUUUGCUGCUGUCUGUAAAUUUGCCCAACGCGUUGCGAAGAAAAAAGCGUAUCGAAAGCGAGCGAAAUUGCGUCGACGGGCUGCAGUUCGAGAUCGUCGAGCACUGGAGUUGAUGGAGGAAGACAAGCGGACAGUUGUGUCCAUUGCCGAGAGCAAAGAGAUACCGGUAACAAAGCACGCAGCGCCGUCGUCGCUUUCUGUGAGUUCGGAAGAGAAGGCAAAGACUGAAGCGGUAAUGGAAUCUGAGCAUAGGGUAGUUGAGCAGUCUCUCGACCCAGAGACUUUGACGAUGGAGGCUCUGAUCGCUGUCCGACGAGCUUGGGAUGCGUACAUUGUUUAUCCACACACACCGGGGGCUUCUACGAUUCCGCCACAUUAUGUGCCUCCGCCAUCUGCGCCGUCUGUCCAGUGGGCAGCUUACGUCAUGCCGUCCGUUCGUUUGGGAACUAGUUGA